AUGCUGGCAGUCAAGCUCCUGAUGGCUGCCCUUGUUGGCGCUAUCACCACUACUGCCUCCCACGUCAAUAUCACCUUCUCUCGAAACUUUGCCACUGAAAAACUCAACAUCAAUUCAUCCUAUGAUCUGAAUGAAUUUGGAUACCUUGGUAGCCGAUUGCCCAAGGUCUACGGACUUGGUCAUAAUGGCUCGGGAGCAGUCUAUCUUCCCCACGAAAGCUUCGACGAAUUCAAACCUAUUCUGGCAGGCAAGAACAACGCCUCUGCUAAGUAUUUAGGUCAACAGGAGAAACUUAUUCAAAGCACCAAGCGAUCCGCAACCGGUGUUAUCGGCAUGGUGCUGCGGAACACCGCCGGGGAGGGCGAUACCUACGUUAUAGAGGCCGAGCACACUGUCUGCCACACUGGGAACAAAGCCCCAUGGCAUUAUGCUGUUGUCCACCACAUCACUGAUGCUUAUAUCACCUUCUGGAAGAGUGAUGCCUGCAAUGGCCACAAAGGAAGCUUCAACCCUGUUUGCUAUUACUACGACAAUCCCGCGGAGGUCUGCGUUUUCGAUUUCAAGCCUAAAUAG